AUGUCGAGCAUAUACGUGCUCGAGCCGCCGACGCAAGGCAAGGUGGUGGUUACCACCACGUUGGGCGAUCUCGAUAUCGAGCUCUGGCCUCGUGAAGCCCCGAAAGCGGUGCGAAAUUUCGUGCAGCUGUGCCUGGAGGGUUAUUACGACAAAACUAUCUUUCACCGCAUCAUAACUGGCUUCAUGGUGCAGGGCGGGGACCCCACAGGAUCCGGGACAGGGGGCGAGUCGAUCUAUGGAGAGCCGUUCAAGGACGAGUUUCACUCGCGCCUGCGCUUCUCCCACCGUGGCCUCGUCGCGUGCGCCAAUGCGGGUGCGCCUCACAGCAAUGGCAGCCAGUGGUUCUUCACUCUCGACCGCUGCGACUGGCUGGACAAGAAACACACCAUCUUUGGCAAGAUCACAGGAGACACCAUCUUCAACGCGGUGCGACUGGGGGAGGUGGAUACUGACGACAACGACAGGCCGUUUGAUCCACCGUCGAUUAUCAGUGUGGAGGUCAUCUGGAACCCUUUUGAGGACAUCGUUCCGAGGACACUGCCUGCAAGACAGCAGCAAGAAACCGUGGCGAAGAGCCGAGGCAGGGACAAGGAGAAGCGGAGGCAGCAACAGUCUGAAGUCAAAGGAACAAAGCAGUUGAAUCUCCUUUCGUUUGGAGAGGAGGCGGAGGAGGAGGAGGCUCAACUAGAGGAGGCGAACCUGAGAAUGAGGAGCAGCCACGACGUGCUUAAGGACCCUCGCCUGCUGGCUGCGGAACUUGAGAUUGAAGGGAAGGGAAAGUGGGCGCGGGUUUACUGGGGGGGCACUCAAGUGGAGGGGGCUCAACUGGAGGAAGGGAAUGUGAGAAUGAGGAGCAGUCGUGAUGUUCUCAAGGACCCUCGCCUGCUGGCUGGCUGCAGGAAGGGGGAAGAGAUGGUUGGAAAGAGGGGGAAUAAGGUCGGUUCAGUGGGUCCUGAGGAAGUAAGGGGAAGGGAUAGAGGAGGCAGGGAGGAGAGCGGAGACGAGGGCGAGGAGGAAGGUGAGGGAGAGGAAGCGAGUUUUGAUGAGCUGAUGAGGAGAAGGGUGCUGGAGAAACAACGACGGUUUGGGAAACAUGGGGGUGCGAGUGAGGGGGGGCGGAGAGGGGAGAAAGCAGGGAGAGGAGGAGUGGGAGAUGGAGGGGAGAGGGAGGGGAAAAGUGCAACGAGAAGCCAGGAUGGGGCUGGCACUGGGGAGCAGGCACAAGGGGGGCGAGCGAAGGAGGAACGAGCAAAAAAGGAGGAGGAUGAUGAGGAUGGGAGUGGUGACAGUGAUGGUAGUGAUGGGAGUGAUGAGGAGGGAGGGAGAGGAGGGAAGGGGAGGGUGAGGGUGGAGAAGCUGCGAUUGAGGAAAGGGGCGAAGGGAGUGGGGAAGGGAGGAGGGGAGGGGGGAGGAGGGGGAGGUUCAGCGGGAGGAGGGUUGUUGGGGGAGGAGGAGGAGAGGCGGCAGCAGAUGAGGCAGCGGAAACGAGCUCUGGGGUCCAGACAAGAGAAGACUCUUGAGCUUCUGAACCGCUUCAAGUCAAAGCUAGCAGCGUCCAAGACAGUGCAGCCGAGAGAAGCACGCAGAGACGAAGACAAGGAGGAGGUUGCAGAUGAGGGGAGGGCGGACAGGAGAGAUAGGGAGAGGGAAGGGAGCAACAGCAAGGAGGGCAGCAGAAAGCGAGGUUCGGUUGGUUCAGAGGGGAAGGGGCCGAGAGCAGCGGCAUAUGGGCUGGGUGGGAAGGCGAGGCAGGAUGUGGGAGGGGAGGGUGAGGAGGAGGAGGAUGAGGAGGGUGGGGGCGUGGAUUGGAUGGCUCACAGGUUGAAGUUUGAAGUUAAAAGAAACAAGCGGAUUAGCAUAAAGGGCAUUCAGCAUGCUGCAAAGAAGUACGCGGUGCACGACCCGCUGCUGGAUCACAUUGCACCUUACUCUCUUCCUUCUUCUCCGCUUCUCUCCAGUCUCUCUCUUUGCCGGCUGUGCACGCCCCCUGCUCGCCCCAUCAGGGCGAGAUGCUUGAUAACGAUGAUCCAGGACGCUCUGCCGGAUCAAAUCAACCCACACCUUCACACCCUGUUGUUCUUCUCUGCUCAUCCCAUCUCUGCUUGUUGUGUAUUCCCUCUUCCCCAUCCGCUUCAGGACGAGAUGCUUCGUAACGACGACCCGGACCAGUACGCGGUGCACGAUCCACUGCUGGAGAAGGGCAAGGAGAAGUUCAACAAGAUGCAGGCCAAGAUGAAGAAGCGAAACAGGGAGUGGGCUGGCCGGUCGUUGGACUAG